AGCCAAUGGGCAGAGCGCGCGGGGGACGUGUUCGGGCGUCUCCGCCAUUUUGUGAGUCUAUAACUCGGAGCCGUUGGGUCGGUUCCUGCUAUUCCGGCGCCUCCACUCCGUCCCCUGCGGGUCUCCUCUGUGUGCAAUGGACGGCAUUGUCCCAGAUAUAGCAGUUGGUACAAAGCGGGGAUCCGACGAGCUUUUCUCUGCCUGUGUCACUAACGGACCCUUUAUCAUGAGCAGCAGCUCGGCGUCUGCAGCAAAUGGGAACGACAGCAAGAAGUUUAAGGGCGACAACAGAAGUGCAGGCGUGCCCUCCAGAGUGAUCCACAUCCGGAAGCUCCCCGGCGACGUCACCGAGGGCGAGGUCAUUUCCCUGGGGCUGCCCUUCGGGAAGGUCACCAACCUCCUGAUGCUGAAAGGGAAGAAUCAGGCCUUCAUCGAGAUGAACACAGAGGAGGCUGCCAACACCAUGGUGAACUAUUACACCUCCGUGACGCCCGUGCUGCGAGGCCAGCCCAUCUACAUCCAGUUCUCCAACCACAAAGAGCUCAAGACGGACAGCUCGCCCAACCAGGCACGGGCCCAGGCAGCACUGCAGGCGGUGAACUCGGUGCAGUCAGGAAACUUGGCCCUGGCCGCCUCGGCUGCCGCGGUGGAUGCCGGGAUGGCCAUGGCCGGCCAGAGCCCAGUGCUCCGGAUCAUCGUGGAGAACCUGUUCUACCCAGUGACUUUGGACGUGCUCCACCAGAUCUUCUCCAAGUUUGGCACGGUUCUGAAGAUCAUCACUUUCACCAAGAAUAACCAGUUCCAGGCGCUGCUGCAGUACGCCGACCCCGUGAGCGCCCAGCACGCCAAGCUGUCUCUGGACGGACAGAACAUCUACAAUGCUUGCUGUACGCUCCGCAUCGACUUCUCCAAGCUCACCAGCCUCAACGUCAAAUACAACAAUGACAAGAGUCGUGAUUACACGCGCCCUGACCUGCCCUCCGGUGACAGCCAGCCCUCGCUGGACCAGACCAUGGCUGCCGCCUUUGGUGCACCUGGUAUAAUGUCAGCCUCUCCGUAUGCAGGAGCUGGUUUCCCUCCCACCUUUGCAAUUCCUCAAGCUGCAGGUCUCUCUGUUCCUAACGUGCAUGGGGCCCUGGCGCCUCUGGCCAUCCCAUCGGCGGCGGCGGCGGCGGCAGCGGCCGGGCGGAUCGCCAUCCCAGGCCUGGCAGGGGCAGGGAAUUCCGUCCUGCUGGUCAGCAACCUCAACCCCGAGAGAGUCACACCCCAAAGCCUCUUUAUUCUUUUCGGCGUGUACGGCGACGUGCAGCGGGUAAAGAUCCUGUUCAACAAGAAGGAGAACGCCCUGGUGCAGAUGGCCGACGGGAGCCAGGCGCAGCUGGGUGAGGCGGCGGGGCCUGCGGGGGGCUUGUGUUCGCGGAGGGGGUCCUGUCAGGGGUCUCUUUCCAAACUUCUGCAGCCGACGAGGGAGUUGCUGGCGUGUGCAGGGCUGCGGCGUGCCCGUUACGUGUCCUUCCUGGGCCCCUCGCAGGCCCUUGGCACAGCCAGGCCCUCCCUGAGCAGCAGCAGCAGCGUUCAACCCCCUUCUCCCCACAGGCCCUCUGUGUCCGAGGAUGACCUGAAGGUCCUUUUCUCCAGCAACGGGGGGAUCGUCAAGGGGUUCAAGUUCUUCCAGAAGGACCGCAAGAUGGCGCUGAUCCAGAUGGGCUCCGUGGAGGAGGCCAUCCAGGCGCUCAUCGACCUGCACAACCACGACCUGGGCGAGAACCACCACCUGCGGGUCUCCUUCUCCAAGUCCACCAUCUAGGGCCGCCGCGGACCAGCCUGCCGGCGCCCAGCCACAACUUCCAUCAUUCCAGAGAAAAGCCACUUUAAAAAGCAGCUGAAGUGACCUUAAAAGACCAGAGAUUUUAUUUUUUUAAAAGAGAAAUCAGUUUACCUGUUUUUAAAAAAAUUAAAUCCGAUUCUCACCUUGCUCACCCUGGGGAGAUGGGGCGCUGGCCUCAGGCUCUUGGUGACGAGUGGACAGUGCGCCCCGCCCCCUCCCCAGCCCCCUGAGCCUGUGCCUUCUGCAGCCUCUGUGGGGUGGGCGCUCCCAAACCUCGAACGGCUUUCUUGUGCCUUAAAACCCGCUGCUCUGGCAGGGCCCUCAUGGCAGCAGACCUGGGGGGGGGCCUGGUGGGGGGGCCUCCCACGCAGGAUCACGUGCCUGGUGCAGCGGGAGGCUGCGAGCUGCAGGGUCCAGCCGGCACCCCCAAUCCGUUUAAUCAAGUGUGUGAUUCUCCCCACCCCAGCCCGGGGACCCCGACUGGGGCAAGACCCCGAGGGCACCAUCCCUGUCCUCCUUCAGCUCCGAGCUCUGUGUCCACUGUAACCUCUGUAUUAUGCUUUGAUGCAGUUGCAGACAUCCGUGCCUAGCAAUAUUUCCAGUUGACCAAAUAUUCUAAUCUUUUUUCAUUUAUAUGCAAAAGAAAUAGUUUUAAGUAACUUUUUAUAUAGCAAGAUAAAAAUGGUAUGAGUGUAAUCUCCGUUUCCUCGUCGUGGUAUGACCUUGCAUACUGUACUUUUCUAUUUUAUUCCUUGUAAUGAAGUCGCAGGGCAGGAUCUAGUUUCCAGGGGGGGGCCGGCUGGGGGCCGGCGCAGGGGAGCCCCGGUCCUUCCCGAGGACACCUCCAGAUGCCUUACUCACACCUAACCUGUCCCUUCUCUGGGGGGACAAGCGCUCUUAAAACUUUCAGGGUUUCAGCUCUCCUGCAGAUUUUGGACCAAAGUUUUGUUUUGUUUUUUUUUUGUCUGCCUCUAACGCUGGGGCCCCAGAAAUUGGGACAGCGGCCCCCCGAGUCUUAACUGUCUCCGCACAUCGUCCUGCACUCACGGGUCCAAGGGGCUCCCCUGCGAGCAGACCCCGCGCUGGCCAGCCCGUCCCUCCGGCCUGGACCCUCGAGUUUCCGUGUUGGGGUGGAACAAGGGUGUAAAUAUUUAUAAUUUUUUUAUACCUGUUGUGAAACGAGGGGCAGCAAACAUGGUUUUUUAUAAAGGUGACAGAUGUAUAUUUUGGUAACCCGCAGUUACAGGCUCAGUAUUGUGACGGGGAGCGCGGCGCAGUCCACUGCCCACCCCCACGGCUUGUAAUGCAGACAGAACCGAAUUAAAGCGAUUUUACAACUCCUA